UGGAAAGACGCAGGCGCGAAGCCUGUAAAGAACUAUGGACAUUUGAAAAAGCCGGCUGUCAGCUGUGUGGUGGUCUCUUAAAUGAAUGACAAAGUUUAUUCAUUGAGUAUGAGCAAGUGUCCGUAAAAGUAUAGCGAAACUUUAUUGUACAUAUAAAUUUAUUUGCAAGAUAUAAAAUUAUUAAAUUAGCUUACCGCUUAAAAUAAUGUAAUAUGGACUGUGAAGAGUGAAGUGAAAAAAUUGCGACGAAUUCUAGUGAAAAAUUGCAAAGAAACUGCACUACACGAACUGAAAAAUGGCUCCUUGGGGUAUACUGACGCUUAUAUGUGUUGCAUUCAUCUUUGUCGAAGCCAGGCGCUAUCAUCAGAAACGCGAAACUAAAUCGCAUCUCUGUGAUCCCGUUUUUAACAACACGAAUAAAAUUCAAUGCUACUGCGUCAAGGACUCGCGGGAAAAUGAAUUAAUAAAAAGCGCUGAUUGCUAUUCAACAGUCGACGGUAUUUCACAAGACGACACUAAUUGGAAAAAUUUUGACGAAUUAAAAAACGUUGCGAAACUAACGUUUACGAAUACAAGAGGUGUCCCGAUCAAAUUUAUUCCCAAAAAUGCUCUAAAACAUACGAAUGCUUUGUUAAAAUUAGAAGUAAAAUAUGGAAAUAUUGCAAUCAUCGAACCAUUUGCUUUCGCCAAUUUGAGUCAUGUCAAGGAAAUAAUUUUAACAGAUAAUCAGAUAACUGUGUUAAAAACUAACGCUUUUGCCCAUCAUGGAGAUUUAACAACAAUCGGCUUGGACACGAAUGCGAUCGUGGAAAUAAAUCGAGACGUAUUUAUCGAUUUGCCGUCGUUAGAAAAGAUUUAUCUCACAAGCAAUAAAAUAACAACGAUUCACGACAGAGCCUUUGUACAUUUGACAAACUUAAGGGAGUUGGAAAUUGAUAGAAAUAAUUUGUUUACAUUGAAUAGCGAAACGUUUUCGGGAUUGAAAAAGUUGGAAAAACUUGAUCUAAGUGGCAAUAGCUUAGAGGUUAUCGGCGACAAUACAUUUGUACCAUUGAAAAAUUUGCGUUCAUUGAAUUUAGAAGGUAAUAAGAUUCAAAUGCUCGAUGAAAAAGCAUUUAAAGGUCUGUCGAAAUUGAAUUCGCUAUCGCUGGCGCAUAACGUACUCACAGAAAUUGACAAUGACAAGAUAUUUGAUGGAUUGAAGGCUCUCUCAUUGAUGAAUUUAAAGGGUAACCAGCUACGGACGCUUAAGCCUGAAGUAAUGGCGCCAAUCGUGAAAAACUUUUACAGCAAUGUCAGUAGUUUAAACGUUGAAGAUAACAACUUCCCCUGCGACUGUCGACUUGAUUGGUUCAUUAAUUUAAUGAAUCGUACAGAAAGUUCUCACUUAAAACUAUCCAUUGAAAAUCUUAAAUGCACUCCGAGUAAUGAACUUAGAGAGAAAUGGGUAAAAACUAUUGAAGCAGAAAAAAAUGCUCAAGAUCAGGAAGAUGCCGAUAUUGCAGCAGGCGCGGACUACGAAUACUACGAUGAGACUCAACUCAAUGGGAAUCUUUUUUACACUGACCUAAGAUUUAUACUCAAUUGUACUGAGAAAUUUGACGAUGCACCAAAUGUACAACCAAAUAUAGCUACCAAAGCAAUGAAUAGUUCUAAUAAUAUAAAAGAUAAAGUAUCAGCAAUUACUACAAAAACAGUUACUCUCGCUACCACACAUAAACCUAUUAAGGAAACACAAGGAACGACUGCAAGCCAUGGUGUUCUAGAUUUAUCAAUUGAGUCUGCUACGACUGAGGCUGUUAAAGCUCGUAAUGAUGAAAAUAAGGAAGAGAAUAAAGAGAAAAAGCCGAAUCCAUACACGACAAGUCGGCUAGCAACUGUUUCAGCCAAUCCAAUAGACAAGAAAGUAUUUGAUGAUCGUGAAAUGGCAUCAGAUGAGGCGGUUCCAGAUAAAAUUAAGGCACAUCGAAGUAUCCAAGAAAUGAAAGAUGUUAGAGAUUAUUCGGCCAGUGCGAAUAAGAAUGUAGUAUCUGUGCUUGUUUUAAUCAUAAUGUGUAUUACAUUUUUGUAAGUUAGUUAACUAAGUAUUUAUAGACAUUACUCUAAUUUUAUCUCUCACAUUCAGUCAUUAAUAUAAUAAAUAACUACUAAGA